AUGGAUACCCUGAGUAACAGCUCAAGUGUUUCUGAAUUUAUCCUGCUGGGACUUUGUAGUUCUCAAGAACUCCAAAUACUCUUCUUUGCAAUGUUCUUUCUUGUUUAUAUAGCCAUCAUAGUGGGAAACCUCCUCAUUGUGAUCACUGUGAUAUUUGACAACCAUCUUCAUUCCCCCAUGUAUUUUCUUCUGGCAAAUUUAUCAUUUUUUGACUUAUGUCUUUCCUCUGUGGCAACUCCCAAAGUGAUUGCAGACUUUCUUAGAAAACACAAGACCAUCUCCUUGUGGGGUUGCAUGGCCCAGAUGUUUUUUAUGCACUUCUUUGGGGGCGGUGAGAUGUCUCUUCUGAUAGCCAUGGCCAUUGACAGGUACGUUGCCAUAUGCAAACCCUUGCACUAUAAGACCAUCAUGAAUCACAGAGUGCUCAUGGUGUUUCUAUUGCUCUCAUGGGCAAUUGGGUUCACACAUACCACAAGCCAAAUGGCUUUCACUGUGGGUUUGCCUUUCUGUGGCCCCAAUGUUGUGGACAGCAUUUUCUGUGACCUCCCCCUGGUCAUCAAGCUUGCCUGCACUGAAACCUAUAUCCUAGAGCUCUUGGUGAUUGCAGACAGUGGGCUUCUGUCCCUGGUCUGCUUCAUUCUGUUGCUCGUAUCUUACAUCAUCAUGUUGGUUACCAUCAGGCAGCAUUCCUCCAGUGCAUCCUCUAAGGCUGUAUCCACAUUAUCUGCUCACAUCACUGUUGUAAUUCUCUUCUUUGUUCCAGCUAUCUUCAUCUAUGCUUUUCCAUUCAAUAGUUAUUCUGUAGAUAAGUUUCUUUCUGUGUUUUAUUCUAUAAUCACCCCCCUCCUUAAUCCAAUUAUUUAUACUCUGAGGAAUCAGGAAAUGAAAGCAGCCAUUAAGAGACUGAGCAGCCAGUAUAUUGGCUCUUGGCUGGACCUUUAA